AUGUCGGUGGUUCAAAGAAGACACCGGCCCCUGCAGCAUCGCAGAUUUCUGCUCGAUUCGCUCGUAAGAUGGGGAAGACAUUCGGGACGAGACCUCCCUAUCCGCCAGCAGAGCACCGGGUUCCUACCCUCCCGCCAAUGUGAAACUUGUGGAAAGAAUCAUGGUGGAAUCUGUUACAAGGCUAUUGGAGCCUGUUAUAACUGUGGAGGCACCGGACACUUUGCCAAGGACUGCACCAGUAGUCGCAGAGUUGGACCACCUCCUACUACUGCAGAAGGGUCAGUUCAGAGCCCUGUCACCAGAAGCUCACAACCACCUAGCAGAGGUAGAGGCAGGGGUAGAGGUAACCCAGCAGGCAGCCAAGGCACAGUAAAACAAUCAGAGCAAGACAGUGCUCCAGUCAGAGUCUAUGCCAUGAGACAGAGAGAAGAGGCAGAGACAUCUGAUGUUGUGGCUGGUAGAGAGAUAGACAGGGCAGCAGACUAGGCUGCAUAUACAUCCAGCGAGGGAUUACCUGGUAUAUUGAGUAUACCGCUUUUGCUUUUUGUACUGUAAUGUAUGACACUGUAUGUAUAUUUUCUUUUUGGUUUUGAGCAGUUGUAAAUUAAAUUGUACCUUGAAGUUGUAAAUUAAUUAUGAGUGUUUUGGAUUGUAAAA